GUACAGGGAAGACCUCAACCUUGGUCAAGUAUGCAGAGAAGUUUGCAGAUCUGAAUUUCCUUUACGUGACGUUUAACAAAGCUGUUGCAGAGAGAGGGAGAAGUGUCUUCCCCAGAAACGUUACGUGCAAGACUUUCCAUUCCUUAGCAUUUGGAAGUGUCGGCAAACACUAUAAAGAAAAAGGCAAGCUGAACUUCUCCAAGAUGUCAGUUUACUCCAUCAGUUCCCUUAUCCGGAAUCGCAAGGAUCAAGCUCUGUUUGUAAGAGCGAAGACAGUCUCGCAGACCCUUGAAAACUUUUUUGCCUCUUCAGAUAAAGAGAUCUGUGAAGAGCACACUCCUGUUUGGUUCAAAAAUACUCACGGUGUGAGAACACUUGUCAGUGGAGCAGAAAAGCAAAUCAAUGUGGAAGAGGCGAAAGAGAUAUGGCACAACAUGAAGAAGCUGGAUGGAGAUGUAGAGAAGAAAUACAAGAUGACUUGUGAUGGAUAUUUGAAACUUUGGCAGCUCAGGAAGCCUCAGCUCUCAGGAUAUGAUGCCAUUUUUGUUGAUGAAGCACAGGACUGCACUCCAGCCAUCGUGGAUAUUGUGCUGUCACAGAGAUGUGGCAUAAUCCUCGUAGGAGACCCUCACCAGCAGAUCUAUACCUUCCGAGGCGCUGUCAAUACCCUCCACUCAGUGCGUCACACCCAUGUCUACUACCUCACCCAGAGUUUCAGAUUUGGUCCUGAAAUAGCUUAUGUUGGAGCAACCAUUCUAGAUGUCUGCAAGAAGAUCAGGAAUAAGACAUUAGUGGGUGGAAACCAAAAGGGUGAUGUGAGAGGCAGCACGGAAGGGAAGAUAACGCUCUUAUCACGAAGCAAUUUUAACGUGUUCGAGGAUGCUGUGAAACUUACUGGAAGAGAGACACCGAUUAAAAUACACGUGAUUGGGGGACUCGACCGUUUUGGCCUGAGCAGAAUUUAUGAUAUUUGGAAGCUCAGUCAACCCACAGAUGAACGGAAAAAAGCAAAACUUGUUAUAAAUGACUCCUUCAUCAAAAAAUGGGAAGAAACUCGGGGCUUCCUCGGUUUAAGGGAAUAUGCAGAGGCCAUCGAUGACAAAGACCUGGAAACAAAGAUUGCAAUAGUGGAGAAAUACAAAGAGCGGAUCCCUGAGCUGGUGCAGAAGAUUGAGAGCAGCCACGUGUCACAAAAUGGCAUGGCAGAUUACUUAAUAGGUACUGUCCAUCAAGCCAAAGGCCUGGAGUUUGAUACGGUGCUGGUUGCAGAUGACUUCGUGCAAGUACCGUGUCUCUGUAGUGAUUCCCAGAGACGAAUUAACUUCAGUAUCGGCAUGUAUCCUGAGGAUGAAUGGAACCUGCUCUAUGUAGCAGUGACACGUGCAAAGAAGUAUUUGCUGAUGUCAAAGUCCCUGGAACACCUUUUAGCAUUGGCUGGGGAGCGUUUCCUUCGGGUGGAGCUGAUGAGUGAGGCUGCGAAGGACGGAGCUGCCGUCGCUUGUUCUGUGCCAUCGUGUACGGAAACACUGCAGCCCAGCUCCAGGCUAGUCGUGAAGAAGCUCCCUUUGACUCACAGCGAUGGCAGCAGCGAUGCAGGUGGCUACCUGUGCCACGCUUGCACGCGGCAGCGCUUUGGCUCUCUGACACCGCUCACCUUUUUCCCAGAGCUUCAGGAACAGCCCAUCCAGCUCUAA